UCAACAAAAAAUAUAUAACAAAUAUAGAUAGAAUAUACGUAACGAUUACGAAAGUUUACUUAAUGAGUUAAUUGCCGUUGCCCUUAGCGACAAGGCAGCUUAAUCCGUCUCGGCUUCAAUACUCUAUUACAUCAUUACUGGCACGACAAAGAGGCCACGAUGUCGGCCUCCAAACAAUUCAGACGGCGGAGGGACGACGACGAGGAGGACGAGACGCCGGAGGAGAUGCGGGAGAAGCUGGAGGAGAUGAGAGAAAUGCAGAAGAUUCGUCAGCGGCCACACGGUGUCAGCGCGGUGGCACUGUCGGUGGGGAAGAAGCUCACCAACGAGGAGGAGACCAUGAGCGACCCGUUCAAGAUGGACACAGGCGGCAUGGUGGACAUGAAACGGAUCAAGGAUCGCAAUCGCGACCGGAGCGGCGAGGAUGAGGAUAAAGACCUCACGAACCUCGGAACGGCCUUCUCGGCUGAGACGAACCGGCGCGACGAGGACGCAGACAUGAUGAAGUACAUCGAGACGGAGCUGCGCAAGCGCAAGGGCGUGGAGGAGAGCGAGGAGAUGGCGGCGCGGCAGCGCAGCGCGGAGGACGCCCUCUACGAGCUGCCCGAGAACCUGCGCGUCAACUCGGCCAAGCGCACCGAGGAGAUGCUCUCCAACCAGAUGCUGAGCGGCAUCCCGGAGGUGGACCUGGGCAUCGACGCUAAGAUCCGCAACAUCGAGAUGACGGAGGAGGCGAAGCAGCUGCUGCUGGCCGAGCGGCGCCGCCACCGCCAGCAGAACAACACCUCCUUCGUGCCCACCAACAUGGCCGUCAACUACGUGCAGCACAACCGAUUCUCCCACGAGCAGCUGGGCCAUGGCUCUCGACGGGGCUAUCACCGCGAGGAGAGCAAACCUCGUGCCAGCAAGGCCCAGCAGCACCCCGACAAGAAGGAGGGUGACCACCGACCUGGGUUCAAGCGACCCAAUGCCGACAAAGCGACGGACGACUUCCACUACGAGAAGUUCCGCAAGAUGAACCGGCGCUACUGAGGGGGGGGGCGGUGGGGGGGGGGGGCAGGGUCACCGGAGGGGUCACGACCCGCCCCCCCCAACCCACGCCAGCCGGGGGGGCCCAGCGUGGCGUGACGAUCGUUUUCCGAAGGAGGGACGGCGCCCAACAGACAAUCGGCGGCCGUUGGAGCCGCAGGACGUUUACAAUCGUAGUCAUCCGUGAGACGUGAUCAACCCCCUGGUGGACGAAGGCCUCGAAGGCCUCCCCCCCCCCCACCAAGCCACCGCCGCUCGCCCCUCGUGUUCCCGUGAUUGUGAUAAUCUGCCUUGGAACCUGCUGCGCAGAACCAGUUUCAUCGCUCCGUCUCCCGGACGAGCUGUCCUCUCUCUUGAGCCCGGUUUUGACGUUUGCUCCCGAUCCACCACCGAUGGGGGGGGGGGGGGGUCCAUGGCCCCCGUCCGGUGACGAGUGCUGCCCCCCAAGCGCGCUCGCUUUGCCCCAACGCGAUCGAUCGGAUGCCGUACGAUGACUUUCCUGAUAUUACACCACUCUUGAUGGACUCAAAGUUUUGUGUGUGUGCGUGUCCCCGUCGUGGUGGGGAGCGGUAGAGUAGCGGUGAGCGCGCUGCCGUAUGGACACGGUGACUCGAGUUCGAUUCCCACUCACAGCCAACACCCAGUGACGAUUAUCUGAAUGGGUCAUGGGGGCUUCCCUAGGUCGACUCAGCCUCAAAUGAGUACCUGGUGUGAUGGUGUGUACACAUCGCCACUGGGGAGACAAAGGCAGCCGGGCGUGGUGUUGGCCACCCACUCCCUCGUCUGCCAUGCCGGCCUUCAUCGGUGCUCGCUAACAGCACUUGCCCCAACAGUCUGUUCAGGCUAUACGGGGGAUCUUUGCUUUUGCCCCCGUCGCGGUGGCGCAUGAGAUGUUACCUCCCUAGCCUGGCGCGCAGGAGCGAGUAGGUUCGAUCCCGAACCCUGAUGAUGCCGAUACAUUUGGAGUCUGCGUGUGUGUGUCCCCUCUAUUCUGUGUGAGUGUGUGAAAGUGAGUAAGUGUGUGUGUUAGUCUGUGUUAGUGAGCAAGUACGGAUGUUGAACUUCUUUUGCAAUGUACGUAGCCAAGCAUGCUAAUAGGAGGUGUGUACGUGUGUUGGUCUAUGUGAGUGUUAUUCUUUAUGAGUGUAAGUGUGUUAGUCUAUGUGAGUGAGUGAAAGUGUUGUACUUAUGUAUGUUGAACUUAUUUGGCACCGUACGUAGCCAACUGUGCCAAUCGGAAGUGCGGGGGGAGGACAACAAAUCUAUACACAAUGACAGUUCUAAGUAAAUGAGUUAUAGAUUUAAAAGUGCGUAGCGCCAGUGGCUGACCAUACUUCACCACGCUGGUCCGGACGGGUCACUGGGCUCGCAGCACCACGUGCUGCUAACGAAACCAGCCCGCUGCCGUGUACUUAAUCGGCACACAAUGUGCUCUUGCCAUCGUUGAAUUGGGACGGAGACUCUCAAGGUUUUAAAACCAAAAAGUUAUAUUUUAGGGCACUUUGGUUUUUUCGGUAAAGUCACGUAGGUAAAAAAUUUAAUGAAUGAAAACAACGAAAUUAAAUCGCGUGAUUUAAUUUAUUUUUAUUUUUUACCUACGUGACUUUACCGAAAAAACCAAAGAGUGAAUCCUUGCAGUCACGAAAGCUUCAAAUCUAGAAUUAAUAUUUUAGGUGGCCUGGUCGACUGCACCCUCGUCUGGCCUGGUGGGCAAGAGAACUCCCCCAUAAUGCACCCCUCUCGUCGUGGCGAGCAGACCUCGACGUUGGCAUUCGGCUCACGAACCACCUGUAGUGUAGUGUGUAGUGUAUAGUAGUGUAGCGUAAAGUGACGUGAGGCUGUAACAGUUGAAGACCUUGGUGUCCGAAGCAGACUUUGUGUGACGCUGCUGCGUAAGCUUCUCGACCAUGAGCUUCCUUGCAGCGCAUUGUGCAAAAUGGAAUAGAAUGCCGUCUGUCCGGGUGAUGGGAGGGAGGUGGUCGCCUGUGCAUUGCUGGCAGGGGUGUUCAGGAAGUACAGUCUUUCUCCUGUAACGAUGUGUGUUUUCAUAACGCUUUUUUUUUUUUAGAACGCGGAUGCGAAUUGGAUAUAAGGGACCGUCCAUAAAUGACGUCACGCGAUUUUUGACGAUUUUUUUACCCCCCUCCCCCCUCGUCACACGUGUUCACAAAAGUCCGACCCCCCCCCCCCAAAUAUGACAUCACAAAGCUCUGCCCCCCCCAAACCAUGUUUAUAUUUUGAAAAUAAAACAUGCUUCAAAUCGCUUUAAACUAUUGUCAUUGUAGUGCGUAUUUAAUGUGGCGCUGCACUCUGAUGUUGUAGGAGUGUUGUUAUAACAAUUCUAUAUUUAAAGUUGCACAUUUUGAUGUGACAUCACAUUUCUCAACCCACCCCCCCCGCCCUCGUCACACAUCGUCACAAAGAUCUGACCCCCCCAGGUGCGUGACGUCAUUUAUGGAUGGCCCCUAACGCGAUCGAGUGAACAGAAACUACGUCGCGCGAGUUCGAAUCAGCGGUCUUACGGCUGCCUUGGCGGAGCAUAGCAUAAGGCGGGAUGCUGCUGGAUGCUUCUACUAGAUACGACCAACACGCCUCGGUCUGUUCAGCCUGCAUUCGCAUGUCAUGUGUUAUGGCGGACUGAUUUACCCUGUAUAUUAUAUGUAUAUGAUUUAUUUUACGCGAUAUUUCCAUAACGCGGUGAUUUUCAGGAACUCUGUUACCGUGUUGUAGGAGAACAGACUGUAAGAGAAUAGUAUGUCAUCGUUUCCACCCUGCUGCAACUCCGAUUGGCACGUUUGGCGAUGUACGGUACGACACAAGUAUAGCAUGCAUGCAUAUCCCGUACGAAUCAAGUGCGGCGAUGAUCUUGCUUUGCAAAAUUUCGUCGCGUCGUGAUUAUCUUGGCCCUGUUUUAAUGUUUGUUGCUUUAUAUGCUGACGGUAGAUUUGUGAAACAACAGUUUUAAAUAAAUGAGUAAAGUCCUACAGAUAACCGUUACCCAUUCCUACAAACGAGUGCUUAGCCAAUCACCAAUUGUCGAUUUUGCGAGCUCACGUCCAUCCGUCGUAUUCUGGCAAGUGUGCGCGUUGCCGGCAUUGCCGAGCGGAAUUCUUUCUCCGGGUCCUCCAUUUUUUCCCCUCCACAUUUUUAGAAUCGACCUGCGUUUCGAGUAUUCGGCUGCUACAAAUGUCCACGCGAUAAGCCACUGUUGAGCUAUAAUUUAAUUUGUGGGCAGUUCGCUUCUGAAAAAAGCUGCAUAGCUCAGUGGGCCUUACCUGGUAAAAUAAAAUGUAAAUUGUUUUAAUCUUAACUUUGGAGCUUUCGUGACUGCAAAGAGUAAAUUGUUUUGUAGUUUUUUUUUUAAUAGAUGUUCAGUCGUAGGGAUUGAUGGUGGCAUUAGUCAUGAUUUCUCUCUUUCAGUACAGUGGGCCAUGUGUAUGCUGCUGCUGCUGCGAUCUUCACCAACCCCCAUCUCGUAUCCCCUAGCCAGGGGUCGGCAACCAAAAUAACAAGAAGAGCCAUUUCUUUCCAAUUCGGUACAAAAUUCAGUAUUUCAAGAGCCGCAAUGCAUCUGAGUACAUACGUACUCAUCGUCAAGAAGCAGCCCGUAAAGAGCCGCAUGCGGCUCCGGAGCCGUAGGUUGCCGACCCCUGCCCUAGGGCCUAGGCCACCGUCCUGCUACUGCUGCUACUCCCUGCCCUCCAGCUACGACCAAGCCUACCCGAACC